UAUUCAGAUAAGAACCGUCAGUCAGUCAGUGACAACAGUCGUGUACCUACUUAAAGCCAUGUCUUCUUUAAUAACUGUGUCAGAGGUAAACAAUUUAUCUGAAGACCAGUUUGAGUGGAUGUUUGGCAAUGUGAUAGAACUGUGUACGGAAGCUGCGGCUAAAGUGAAGACUAAACGACCAUUUACGAGUGUAGACGAAUUGUGCAAGGCGUUUGCAUCGUAUUUGGAUGAGAUUACUGAAAACGAAAAGUUAGUGGUUUUGAGACUGCACCCCGACCUGGCCGGCCGACUGGCGGCGCGCGGCGAACUGACGCGGGAGUCCACCGACGAGCAGCGCGCUGCGGGCCUCGACCGCCUCUCGCCCGAGCAAGCCUCCCUCAUAGGCUACAGAAACGAGAAAUACAAAGCAAAGUUUGGAUUCCCUUUCAUCAUAUGUGCGAGAGUAAACAAGAUUGAUUCUAUAAUAGAGGGCUUACAGCAGCGCUACAACAACACCCGCGCCCAGGAAAUACAAACAGGGAUCAACGAAGUCAAGAAAAUCUGCAAGCUGAGGAUUCUGGAUAUCGUUCAACAAUAAUGA